UGUCGUCCAUGUGCAUGAAGCUUGAAGGCUCCAUACCAGCCGCCUUGCACGGAGCACUGGCCGGUGACCAUUCCGGCGUACCAACCACCUCGGUAUGCACCUGUGCCAGCCACCGGAUAGACCGGUGACGAGUCUACACAGCCGGUCAUAGCGACAAAGACGAGGACGACAAGGACGAUACCGCGGAGCAACGGGUAGCCAUUUCCGUUAACCUUUCACGUAAGCGAUCACAACGUGGCAGCAGCCGGCGUGUUGAUGUGCGUCCGGAUUUGGCGCAUACGAGGCACAGUGGCGGGAGGUUGACUUCCAUCUGCGCUCCGAGCAGCGGCCAAUCGUGGGGUCGAGCCGUACCACGUUGUCCAACGCUAGCUUCGCUUUUAGCUCAGAUCAGAAACGCCAGUAUAUGUUGUGAAGGAAGACAAAUGCGCGCACCCUCGUCUCCGUCGAGCAAUUGCAUCCACCUGUCGCGAUUUCCCGCCUUAUCUUAUGCCCCCCGACGGAGUUGGAGAUGCUCAGUUGUGCCUGGGCUCGCCUCCUCCAUGUGAUGCCUUUUCAGGUGCCCUCCGCUUGAAUUCAGCACUUUUAGGGCUAGAUUGCGAGGCUUUGAAGAACCUAAGCCUGAAUUCUGCUGUUCCGUGCCCUCUCUGAAGAUGCGGCGAAGCUCGACCGUGUGCUCGCUCGGAGUCCCGUGGCGCUUCCCUUUCCAAGAGCAGGCUCGCGGAACAUCCCGCUGUUCGGCUCCCCCGCUGAUCAUGCCCGCCUUUCCAGCCACCGCUUUCCGCAUCCAGACUUUCCGUCUUCGUCGAUAUCCGGACAGCCAUCAUCGCUCUUCUCGCUCUUCCCGCACUUUUAUAUUGAAGAGCUCGCGAAGCCGCAGUGGUAAUUGAGGCUGAAGUGUGACGGCGAAAAACAGAAGGCGGGAUAAGGUUCGGGGUGCCGAAGUCCAUGCAUCACACAGCGGAAUGAAGCAAUACCCUAUCGAAAUGAACGACAGGCGCCCAUUCUGCCCCCUUCGACUGUCCCGUUCCAGAACCGAGUGCAACAGCAAGCCCCUUCAGCAAAAGGUAGCUUGACGUCGCUGCAUUUAUAACCAACCGUUCUCAGAAUAGGUCGCGCCACAGGUCGUCUGGGCCCCCCACUUGCGACUCCCGCUCUCAGCCUCUCCCUCGGCUUAUUUAUCCUGAUCUCAGCCGUCGACGACCAUGGUCAACUGGCAGUCUCCACAAGAGCUUGCGAACGAUGCUAAUGCGUUCGACAGGCUCAUGCACACACUCCUUGGUCUCUAUAUAUGGGAAUUCGUGACGUCGUUGAGCUUUGACUGGGAUUUUGUCGUUGGUCGCAAGAAGUUUCGUUGGCCUAUGGUCUUCUAUUUCGCGAAUCGGUACUUCCUACUAUUCGCACUGAUAGGAAUCGCCGUCGCGUUGAAUGUGACGGAGCCGGUCAACUGCCAGGCGCUUUACACCUAUAACCAGGUUUUCGGCAACGCUGCCAUUGGCUUGGCGAGCAUCAACUUGUCGCUGCGCACGGUCGCUGUGUGGUCACAGUCGAGAUACCUGAUUGUUGGCCUUGUUCUGGUCAUCAUGGGCCACUGGUCACUCCUUUUACACGGCCUUCUCAUUAAGGCAGAGUGGAUCCCUGGGUCAGGUUGCGCCAUCACUAACACGAACAACACCUUGCUUGCGGCGACGUUCAUUUACUCCAUGUGCUUCGACUUCAUCGUCCUCGUCUUGACGGCCUGGAAGUUGGCUUGGCCGACGAAGCGAUCGGAGCGGACGAAGCUUGUCAGUCUUAUCUUCGGAGAUGGUUUGAUUUUCUUCUUCAUCGCGUUCAUAGCCAACUUAAUCGCUACCAUCUUCAUGUUGCUUAACCUGAAUGCGGUAAUGUCGAUUAUCGCCAACGUCCCCGCUGCCAUUGCGUCGACGAUUGUUGCCUGCCGGGCUGUUCGCCGAUUAACCAACUACACCUCGCAAGGAGCCGAGGUAUUCAACUCCUCCUCAGCAUCGACCCUGGCGUUCAGUCCCGCCCGUAACGGCCGUAAUGGGCCUAAUUUCUCUGUUGGUGAGAAGAAAAUGAGCGGCGUCCAUGUCCAGAUGGAGACAUUCGCUUCUGUCGCCGAGGAUGACGCGACAGCCAAAGCAUCCUCUCCUGCCACCCCGCACAGUACUUUGCACGAUGGCGCCGAGGAGAGCAACCCCGACCUCUUCAAGCGAUCGAAUGCCGAGUACUACACUGCAGCGUAAGGUUGGCGUGGAUUCCCCGCCUCAACCUGACCACUUCUUCCUGCCUUUUCCCUAAUGCCACUUCGGUAUCGCUGUCACUCGCUUUCAUUCUCGCUGUCGCCUUCACAUUCCCUCCCGCUCCUGCCCGUCAGAGCGACCUGCCCCCUUCGCUUCUGUCCGAACAUCUCACCGAACACCUGCCCUGGGCGCUUCCCCCAGCGCAGCGUCUCUCCUUCCAUUCGUUGUCACAAUCAUUUUGGUGUCCUACAGUCAUUCCAAAGAACUCUUGGGGUUUCGUUCUUGAAGUUGCUGUAUCGUCUCGUUAUCGAUUAGCUCGUUCGUUCGCAAUGUCAAUGUACUCUAUUCGGUUGG